UUGAUCAGAAUGAUCAAUAAGGCAUUGCCGAGCGAGGAGAGAGAAAACACAGCUGUUCCUAGGUUGCAGGUCUGAACCUCCGACACACCCACAAUCGUCAGCACGCCAAUCCGACACCAUUUGAGCUUCUUAUUGCCAAAAUCUUGCCUUUUCGUGUUUUCAAUCCAUAGAGCCCUCGGUAAAAUCUAGGUUCUGAAAUUCAAUGGCGAAUCUUUAUGUCAAGGCCGUGCCACCGGCCGAUCUGAAUAGAAACACCGAGUGGUUCACCUAUCCGGGUGUCUGGACCACCUACAUCCUUAUCCUCUUCUUCUCAUGGCUUCUUGUCCUCUCCAUCUUUGGCUGCUCUCCUGGCAUGGCUUGGACCAUCGUUAAUCUCGCCCACUUCGCGAUAACAUAUCACUUUUUCCACUGGAAGAAAGGAACCCCUUUUGCGGAAGAUCAGGGAAUAUACAAUGGAUUGACAUGGUGGGAGCAGGUAGAUAAUGGAAAGCAGCUCACUCGUAACAGGAAAUUUCUUACAGUUGUCCCUGUGGUGCUGUACUUGAUAGCCUCACACACGACUGACUAUCAACACCCAAUGCUCUUCUUCAACACCCUUGCAGUGAUCGUGCUAGUUGUUGCCAAGUUCCCCAACAUGCACAAGGUUCGAAUCUUUGGAAUUAAUGCCGAUAUGUGACAACACUGUUUAAGUCAAAGGGACUUGGUUUACCUACUGUGAGCCUCCAUGAUCCUUCACUUGUUCUGGAAAAAAGUUGUAUCUUUGUAUAGAAGUCAGAACUGGAAGGAUACUCAACUAUGUGAUGCUUUGUGCCCACUGCUUUUUCAGGCUGCUUCUCUGAUUAUAAAAAUAAUAAAUAUCUCGAGUUGUUAUUGUACAGUAAUGUGUCUGAGGUUAUAACGUUCCUUUAGUGCUUAUAACUGACUUGAAAGUUGAAAAUCUACCUUUCUUUUGCUUUCAA